AUGGACUGUGCGGGAGUGUCAAUGCUAUGUCAGGAGCCGAAGUCGGGUAAGUGUCGGAAGCAUUCCGGGAAAUGCGAAGGAUGCAGGUCAUUGGACUGGCGCUGCUGGGCGGAGGGGGAAGUUUUACAUAUCAUAAACUUAGGGAACAUCGGUCAUGACAAGUCGCAUCAUUUUCCAAGCAACGGAUGCACUGCUUUGCAGACUGAGGUGAUCAGACCACACCUAAAAGCAAAUCCCGCAGGUGCCUGCUUCUGCCCCAAAGUUGGAUGUUGGAGGGGUGGUUUCACGAUUGUUUCAGGGGAAGUAUUCUAUAACAAGAAUACUAUUACUGCCCGCCCCCGGCAUUUCUAUAUUGCAAUGUGUCGGGAUUACUCUUUCCAGCAUGGUUGCGCCCGUAGUAACACAGAUGCGGGUAGUCAUAUUCAGCUGCUAAUUCGCCCAAGAUUGAUUGUUGUGGAACGUGAUCGCGAUUUGGUUGGCUCAGCUUUGCUUGCCUUCUUGCCACGGUUUGCGCUAACAUACCGAGGUUGCCUCCGUGGUGGAAGCCCGUCACUAGGCAACUUCGAAAAUGGUAGCCGUGUUCAGAAGAGAAAUAUACCCGUCAAGAAGCCAGAUCACCCACGUCUAAACCCCCAGUUGGUGACUGAGCGUGUUGCUUUUUCCGUUGUGAUUACCUUGGAUCUUGCUGACUGGGGGCUGAAUCCUUGGGUCCGGUUCAAUAGUCGCAUCGAUUUCAAGUGUAGACUACAGAGGUUUUGGCAACAUGGGACGAGACGAUGUAACUCUGGGUGUUUGGUUACCAUACUCCAACCGCCACCAGCACCACGGUUCCUCCACAGCACAUAUUUUUGGACUUCAGCACGCACCUUCCCUCAGGCAGCCAGCACGAUGGUCGGUCAUAUUGAUGAUCAUCAUUCAGAAGAAUCCCCGCUUGGUGGCCACUGGACGUGCUGCUUCAUUGUCCGUGUGGUGCGCUCUCCGUUACCUCCGUUUCUCCGGAGCGAAAAUGGACCAGCGAUUGUGACCAAGUGGACUAACCCCCAAGCGAGUAUAGUGCCGUCCCAGGGAACGCUGGAAGGGGAAGGGAGCGACCCGCCCAGACAAACUAACCUUUCGGACUCACUUCUCUACUGGAUAAAGGGGAAUAGCAACACCGACCUAGAAGCUCAGGAGAAGCAUGCCAACCGGACUUUCCGCUUGCUCUUAGCCUACAGCGCUUGGAUGGGACUCGAUUUGCUUUCCUCGAUCGACGGUCCAGUGCCGAGAUUAAGGCCAAUCGUUGCUGAAUUGUGCAAAAGCACCAGCCUAUCGGGAUACCAUUACCGGGGGCGUAAUCCACUCAGACACCGUUCAUUGUACAUAGCUGACAGGCAGCCUUCAAUAAUCGACAGUGGUCAUUGGAGCCUGCAGAAUCCAAAGCCUCAGUGUGGCUAGGCUGAUAGUGGUGAUGAUGGUAAUGAUGAAAGAAAUCUCCGAUAAUUGGUAGCAGAUUAAUGCAAAAGAUAGGUCCAAGUUUCGUGUAGGGCAUUAGCACUGAAGCAUCUGACUGGACGGACCAUUUUACCAGGGGAUGCAAGGGAU